AUGCCGGCUGCACGGUUCGCCCGGCCGGGAUCCGCGACCUGGAGAGGUUCUGCGCGGAAUGAAGAGCGCGCCCUGGGGGAGGGGGUGGGGGUCCCGGACCCCUGCGCCUCCUGCUGGCUGUGGGCGUCCCAGCGCGCCCAAGAGGGGCGAGGGCGAGACCCUGGUGGUGGACUCCACCGCCUGCCUGGGACCCGCGAGGGGAGAGGGAGAAGAGCCCCAGCCCUCACUGCUAUCUCCUCUGCCCUGCAGGAGAAUGGCCACGUGAAAACCAAUGGAGACUUGUCCCCCAAGGGGGAGGGGGAGUCGCCCCCCCUGGACGGAACAGAUGAAGCAGCUGGGGCCACUGGCGAUGCCAUCGAGCCAGCACCCCCUAGCCAGGGAGCUGAAGCCAAGGGAGAGGUCCCCCCCAAGGAGACCCCCAAGAAGAAGAAGAAAUUCUCUUUCAAGAAGCCUUUCAAAUUGAGCGGCCUGUCCUUCAAGAGAAAUCGGAAGGAGGGUGGGGGUGAUUCUUCUGCCUCCUCGCCCACAGAGGAAGAGCAGGAGCAGGGGGAGAUCAGCGCCUGCAGCGACGAGGGCACUGCCCAGGAAGGGAAAACUGCUGCCACCCCUGACAGCCAGGAGCCCCAAGCCAAGGGGGCAGAGGCUAGUGCUGCUUCCAAGGGAGGAGACACAGAAGAGGAGGCAGGGCCCCAGGCUGCAGAGCCGUCCACUCCCUCUGGGCCAGAGAGUGGCCCUGCCUCUGCCAGCGCUGAGCAGAUCGAGUAGCUGGGUGGGGGCAGGUGGGUGAUCUCUAAGCUGCCAAAAACUGUGCUGUCCUUGUGAGGUCACUGCCUGGACCUGGUGCCCUGGCUGCCUUCCUGUGCCCAGAAAGGGGCUUGUUGCCCUCUCCCAGCCACGUCCCCCUCCUCUCCCUCCUGUGGAUUCUCCUAUCAGCCAUCUGGUCUUCCUCUCAAGGCCAGUUGAAGAUGAUCCCCUGCGGUUUCCCAAGUUAGGUUAGUGAUGUGAAAUGCUCCUGUCCCCACCCUCCCUGUCCCCACUCCUACCCAAGGCAAUUGCUGGUUUUCUUCCCAAUUCUUUUCCCAAGUAGGUUUUGUUUCUCCUACUCUCCAAACCCCUGAGCCAGAAGUGGGGUGCUCCCAAACCCUGAGUUUCCAGCCUUCCCCCUGUUGAGUUUAGUCUCUUGUGCUGUGCCUAGUGGCACCUGGGCUGGGGAGGACAUUGCCCCCGUCUAGGUUUUUAUAAAUGUCUUACUCAAGUUCAAACCUCCAGCUUGUGAAUCAACUGUCUCUUUUCUGACCUGGUAAGCAAGUAUUAGGCUUGGGGUGGGAGGGAGGUCUGUAAUGUGAAACAACUUCUGUCUUUUUCUCCCGGUGUUGUAAAUAACUUUUAAUGGCCAAAACCCCAGAUUUGUACUUUUUGUUUUUUUUUCUAAUUGCUAAAACCAUUUUCUUCCACCUGGAUUUACUGUAACAUUUGGAAAAGGAAUAAAUGUUGCCCCUUUA